AUGGUGCUGCCAGCGCUGACAACACACCUCCCUCCACGACAAGCUACGGCAUUUCACUACAGGAAGCAGGCUUCCACGCCAGAAAUUGCCCUUGCGGCGAAGAUAUCUGAGCUCAACCCGAAGUCUCGCAGCUCUUGGCUGCCAAGAGCUCGACUAAUAAAGUUCUGGUCUGCGGUCAAACUAUCGACAAGCGGCAACCGUUUCUGGUGGCUGUCGGCUCACAGCUGUCCCCUAGCUGGAAGCAUUCAAGUACGCAGGAGCAUAUCAAAUGUAAGGUUUGUGUGCAGCUACUACUUGCUGUUUGCGCGGCUGUGCCUGAAAAGAACCAUAGUUGCUUGUCUGCAAGAAGGUCCUAAGACAGGAGCCUCAAGCUCCACCUGCGAGCAUCAGAGCAUGGCGAGACGUGGAAACUUGGAAAGCUGGGAGUACUGCGACAAGAUAUUGGCCGAGGCAUGGCAGGAUGAGAAGCCGCGACUGAUCACAGCCGAUGUUCUGCUGGGCGUAUUCGAGGAAGGCACUGAAGCCGAGGUUGCUGUGCCUCUUGACGAGGUGUUCGCUUUGCCUCGACCCUCUGGCUUGGGAAACCAGGCCGACAGCCUUCUGGGAGGGGGCCUCUGGCCUGGAGAAAUUGCUGAAAUCUACGGCGCUCCGGGCGCAGGCAAAACCCAGCUGGGUCUCUGCCUUGCAGCGCAUGCAGCUUCCACCGGCAUUGCGGUCCACUACCUCACGAACAAGGACCCUCCUGCAAUUCUGGCUAGACGGUUGCAGAGUCUUGCGCUGGCGCGAGAAGAGGCCAAUGAGACUGUGGAGAUACUGUUGGAGAAGAUUCGCAUCUCUAACAUGGCAGACUUUAUAGCCUUUGCCAGACUCAUGACCCAUGCGCUAGCACGGCCAGAGUCCAUGCCCGGCUUGAUUGUGCUGGACGGUCUGAGCGUGCUGCUGUCGCCAUUCACAUCUGCAACAAGUUGGUCGCACAGGUGGCGCUUGACUUGGAGCUGGCGGAUGCUACGCCAGCUUGCAAUGACAGGCUGCUGUGUCGUUCUUCUGUCCCACACAGCUGGGUCAAUGGGCACUUCCCAGCUCGCAUUGGGGCAACAGUGGUCUCAUGCCGCCUCUGUCCGCCUGGAGCUGAGCCGCCCAUUGGUGGGGAAUGCGCUGCGCCUCUACCUGCGGAAGAGCUGCCGCCAGCAACUCUGUCAAACCACUGAUGCGGGAGAGGAGGUCGACAACGCUCUCUCUGCGGACUUGAUCAUUGAUGAGGCAGAUGAGACUUUUGGAGUGGACUCCACAGGUCCACAGCGCUCCGAGGAGGCGGCCUUAGACGUUUCAGGGCCCAAGGACCUUGGACUCUGCGACCAAGGUGAUUCUCACCUUGCGCUCGUUCAGAUCUUAUCCCGCUUGCGGCUUCAGCUGUGCCGGGGCCUUUGCGCAAUCCAGACGAGGAUAGCUGAGAAGAACGGCGGCCAGAUAGGCACCUGCGAAGAUGGCGAGGCUGUCCCCAAGUCCUGGGAUCCGUUCAGAGAGGCAGAGCGGCUGCGAGCAGAGCUUGCAAAUGCGAGGUCAGAGCUUCAGCGUAUCCAGAAGGCGUCAGUGGGAGAGAGUGAUCUGCGGCUGCAGCAGGCGAUGCUGCAGUCGAAGGUUCAGGAAGUGGAGCAGCGGGAGGACGCUAAAUAUCUCGAUAGUCCUUUGGGAAGGAUGUCUGCUCGCUUUGUGGGCUUCUGCCACGCACUGGCUUGGUAUUUCGGCCAAAGCGGAUCACAGCCAUCGGGUGAUGUAAUUUGGAGUCCGCGGCCUCACUUGUACGAGAGCGGAUCUCAAAAAUCAUUGUAUCCGAGUGGCGGCCCUGUCACGAUUCUCAGCGGAGCCAGCUGCCAACUACAUGGGAGCAUUGUGGAACGAGGCUUUACAACCUUGUUGGUGGAGUACUACUCGUCUGGGUGUCCGCACUGCUGGUACUUCGCCCCCGUUUUCCAGCAGGUUGCAGAAGCGUACAAAGGCUCAGAUACCAUCCGCGUCGCUGCCUGCAACUGUGUUGAGAAUGAGGAUGCCUGUGAUGCAAUGCAAAUCUUUCGCUAUCCCACGCUGCGGGCCUACAAAGUUGGCAAAGGAACGCUGGACUUGCUGUAUGACGUGCCGCACUUCACGGAUAACCACCAGAAAUCUUCAGAGGAGUUGGUGCAGUGGCUCUCCGAGCGAUCCGGCUUGUGGAUCCCACCUCAUCCUCAAAGCCUGAAGUUAGGUGCGGCCUUCCGUGCGGGCCAUGCCGUGGCAGUGGAUGGGCCUCCUGGUAAGACAGGCUGGGCCAUGGACUAUCACCUCGACGACGAGCGCUUUGUCGAAGCUCGACUGGGGCUGCUGGUGCUCCUCAAGGGCUACUCCGGCGCACAGCAGCAUCCUGCAGCGGUUAGCAUCACUAGCUUCGUCUCCCGUGUCUUCCCACGCCACACAGCUGACUUCCACAGCCUAGCAGUGCAGAUACAGGAUCGUGGCCCGGUCCAGCCGUGGGAGAUGCGCCUCAUGCUGAAGAAGUGGGAGAGCCUCUUCGGGCAGAGAGAACAUGUCUUCUGCGAAGAUGAGACAUGUGCUGUUUGGCAGCUACUGCAUGUCGUCGCUGCUUCAGUUGCAGCUGUGGCUGUGACUGGGCAGCCGCUGGCUCAACAUGGCUCUUGGACAGUAACAGUCCCCGAGGCGAUGAGCUUCUUCCGCCUGGCCAUCAGCGAGUUCUUCACUUGCCAGGGCUGCAGGCAGCACUUCCUGGAAGCCUUCGACAGAUGUUCCUACGGGAGCUGCUUGGUUCUCGAAGCCGCAGAUGCGCGGCUGCAGGCAAGACAGAUGGUGUGGUGGCUUUGGCGCACCCACAAUGCAGUUUCCCUGCGGGUCCUGAAAGAGCAUCUUCCCGCUGAGGGUCAGGCCGUUGUCGACCGCCGGUGGCCAGCAUAUCGAGACUGUCCAGGUUGCUGGAAAGCUGAAGUGGUAAGUGGUGGCGCGCAGCCACACGCCCAGGUUGAUCCAGCUGGACCUGUGUCCAUUGAGUUGUUGGAUGCAGCAUUCGACCUCGAUCGGGUCUUCGGGUACAUCCUGAGCCAGUAUGUUGGACGCGAGAACUUGCAGUUGGAGCAGAAGGUCGCGGACAGCAUGCGGAGAUUUCCCGGCUCCGUGGAAUCCACAGCGGCUACAACUUUCUGCGCUUGCAUGCUGCUUUGUCUUUCGGCCGCGCUGAUGCACAGGCGUGCUGCGGAACUUGAGGAGAGGGCGAAACGAGAGCACGAAAUGUCGAGUCUGCAGUGCCACAUCUUCGAGGUGGAGAUGAAGCGCCAUCAGGAUGAGUUGCAGCAUAGCCGCUCAAAGAUAGAGGCUUUGGAGAAGGAGCUCAAGCAGGCGCAAAAAUCCAAGCAGCGGAAGGGAGAGGGGUCUGCGAAGACCUCGGCUCCUUCCUCUCAGGACACUCCGAACAGAUGCAGUGCGAAGACACGAAAUCGCAGUGCGGGCAAGCUUCGAGGAGUGUCGAGAGAAGACUUCGCCAUCCAAGCGUUCUUCGAAUGA